CGCACGCUAGGAGAGAAGCUGAGCCGCACGCACACAGCUGGAUGGAUAGCAACGUCUCCGCCACAGCAGUAGAAGGAUGUGAAUUUUCGAUAUUUAUAUUAACUUUGUCACUAAAAGAGAGCAGCAGCUGGAUUCAGCUCGACUUACCUGGUUAACAUACAGGUGGUGUAAAUAACAGCUGGAUAGCCUACCAACACAGCACGCGACAAAAAACAAACUGCUUCAUUUUAAUGAGUUGAUUUUUAAGAUUUGCGACCAGUCCAGAUAGCUACUGAGCAUCCGUCCAGUGAGCUGUAGACAGACACACACAGACAUGAUGGAGUCUAUCUUAGACAGUUUAACAGCAGAGAAACUCUAUCCGUCCGGCGGAACCAACCUGUUGGACCUGGAGGAACUCAGCGAUGGAGAUUUCCUCACUAAUGUGCCUUUCUCAGGUGACCAGAUGGAUGACUUUAGCAGUGAAUUGUUCAGCAGUUUCUUUGACGACCAUCUAUUAGAACGGCCCCUUCUGGCAGACAGACCUUCACCUUUACAUAUGGACAUGGAGGACAGCAACCCAGAUAUUCAAGCAGAGCACAGCUACUCUUUAAGUGAAGACUCCGCCCCCCAGAGCCCAGCCCUGUCAAUCAAAAUGGACCAUGAGUCUGAAUUUGAAUGGAGCUUCAGUCAGGACCUUUCGGCCAUCUUGGUGAAACAGGAGGAGCCUGAUGGGGGCCAAAGGUUAGAUCCUCAGCCUCUGGAAGGCCCACCUCUCAUAUUAAGCCCUGCCCCCCCACACAGAGGGUCGCCAUGGAAACACACGGAGCCCAGUCAAGACAGUGGGAAGCCAGUAGCCAUAAAAGAUGAACCCCGAGAGAUUGGACAGUACCUCAGCCUGCCCAGCGACGAUGCUCUGCAGCUCCCGCCUACCCCUCCCAGCAGUAACCACGGCGACAGUGACGGCUCCCUCCCUCCCUCCUCUCCGCACCUCCCUCUACCACCGUCUUCCCCUCAACCACAACAGAGGCCAGGAGGUCGGGCCUCCUCCUCUUCCUCCUCCUCUUCCUCAGCCAUCUCUUCUUCACCUCUCCUCACUGCGCCACAUAAGCUGCAGGGUUCAGGACCCCUCUUGCUGACAGAAGAAGAGAAGAGGACCCUGGUUGCUGAGGGUUACCCAGUACCUAACAAACUUCCUCUCACUAAGACUGAAGAGAAGGCACUGAAGAGGGUCCGACGGAAGAUUAAAAAUAAGAUCUCAGCUCAGGAGAGUCGGAGGAAGAAGAAAGAAUAUGUGGAAUGUCUGGAGAAAAAGGUGGAGAGCUACACGUCAGAAAACAGCGACCUGUGGAGAAAAGUAGAAAAUCUGGAGACUGCCAACAGGUCUCUCCUGCAGCAGCUCCAGAAGCUUCAAUCGUUGGUUUCAGGGAAAGUUGUCCCCCGUUCUUGUAAAAUGGCCUCAACUCAAACAGGGACAUGCCUCAUGAUGGUGGCCGUGUGUUUUGUCCUGGUGUUGGGCUCCUUCUCUCCCUGCCUCUCUCCCCUCUCCUUCCUCACUCACACCUCCUCUAUGUCCUCAUCCUCCUCUUCCUCUAAUCCCUCCUCCUCUCCUCCUCUUCCGCCAGCGGACCUCUACACCACUAGUCAGGUCCGUUCCCGCAGCCUGCUCUUCUUUAAUGAAGGGGCUCCAUUGGAGGAGAGUUUAGUGACAUCAGAAGGUCAGUCAGAAGGCCACAUCCAGACGAGCCGAUACACGGCUGACGCACACAGCAGCAACCAGACAACUGGGCCCGAGUUAGACCGGAGAGAAACGAAACCAGACGGAGUCUCCGAGUUUUUCUGACACAGCCUGACCCCUCCUCUCAUGACUUCUAACCUCUGACCCCUAAAAAGCCCGAAACCUCCAGAUUCCUGAACUCAACGGGCUUCAUAUCAACAUCCAACUGGACCAAAAUCUACAGUCAGUCAGUCCACCAUCAUCCCUUUUAGUGAACUUCAAGACAAGACUUCCUCCAAUCCUUCACAGCCAGUUCACUGCCUUCACAUGGUGCUUCACUUCUCUGCUUAAACAGACUCUGCUACACCUGAAUAUACUUGAUUUUAAAGGGACCAUCUUAUCGAAAUUUCUACUUUUAUGCACUAAAAUAUAGUAGAACUUAAAAAAAUCCAACUAAUCUAAUAAUUAAUAUGUAUACUUUAAACAAUCAUGACAAGUAUUUUAGAGAUAGUAAAAAAACAUAGGGCCUUAAUUAAAAAAAAACACUAGACAACAAAAAAAAUGUAUCACUACAAACUAGUCAGACCAUUGCCAAGACAAUAUGAGCCACUUAAGCUGUGAUCACGUGUGUUAUCUUAUCAUGUCAUGACAGACCUAAAACAGUUGUUAGUUUUUGCUUUCUUACUUUCUUUCCAAAACAAAUGCAGUGUAGCGUUAGCAUUUAGAGGAAAAGCAACCUCCUUUUUG